AUGGCGGUUGGCGUGUGGUGCGUGGUUUAGCAAGAGGCUUGUUUGUGCAUUCUUUAUUUAUAGAAAAUUGUGUAAAAAGGCCGAAUUUCAUAACAUUACAAAAGACGACUCGGUUUCUGAUGUGAAUCCAUCGUGAAUAAUUUUCCAAAGUGAUACAUUUUUAUUUAAUCGCAUUUCCGAGUGGCUAAUUUUAACCGACAAAGAUGGUGCUGGAUGUCGAAAAACUUUCCGAUGCCGAACUUCGCACUAAACUCCUGGAAUUCGGUUUCCCGGUGAUGCCGAUCACCGGUACAACCAGGAAAGUUAUGGCGAAGAAAUUGAAAAUGUUGCUGGAGAACAAAAACAAGAUCGGAAGCGAAGGGGGUAGAAGAUCCCUAGGGCGUUAUUCUAGCGAGGAAGAGAGUGAUACAGAAGUGAAAGUCACCAAGAAGAAAGAUAAUAGAAGGAUUACGAUGGGCGCUGGUACUUUGAUGCAACCCCCUGCUGUUAGCCCGAAAAUAAAGAAAGCAAAUCGGUUUGUUGAAACUCCCGAACCAGAGUUUACUGUGAGUCCAGUGAAGCGAGACAUUCGUACUACAACAUCGGUAUCGACUAGAAGCCAGAAAAUCGUGAGCAGUACCUCCGAUGAUUUCGAUACUGGCUCUGACUCAGAAUCAGACAUCAAUUAUCUAUCUUCGAAGGUUGCCUCUGAUGGUAGAGGAUCUACGUCCAAGUCAUCGGCGCCUUCAGGAUUGUAUUCGCCACCAAAGACGCUGGAAUCUUCUUAUUCCUCUACAAGAAACAUAUCGUUCAACACCAACACUUCUCCUAGCAGACACUCUACUUAUAAUUCUCCUUCAUUAGCAUCGGAGUAUGCUUCUGAUCGAUUGAACCAGAUCAGGUCUCGCCUCAGCCUCAACAGCCCAACGUACGAGAAAUCUUAUUCGGCAGUUAAUCAAGAAAAAGUGGAGACCCCUUUUCUGAGCAACUUCACGAAGCGCUUGUCGAAUUUAUCUUCUCAAAGGAACGACUACGAUUACAAGAAUGAUAUUAUUAAGGAACAGGACGUGAAUGGGUCGUCGAGUUAUGCCAGGUCCCAAUUGAGCAGUUACAGAACAAGGGGAAGAGAACCGACUUAUGAUUAUCGAGCCAACAGGAACAAUAUUCUGAAGAAUAAUUUUGUUUCGUUUGCUGUGCUGGCUGGGGCCGCUUUAUUUUUUGUACUACUGGCUAUCAUGUACAUGGGAAUGAGAUCUGACACUUCUGUUAUUUCUUCUGAUUAUAUCGUGCCGCAAUGUAUUAUAAACGACCCGACAUCGAAAAAAUUCGUGAACUGCGUGCCCGAAGAGAACGUGUCCACCGCCCUGCACUUGCUAAACGUUAUCAAACCGGAAUUGCACAAAAGAGCACUGGCUCACAAAUGCUUCGAUCCCACCAUCAAACCCCAAAUGACCGAAUCGGAAAUAAUCAAUUUCUGUUUGACGAAUUUCGCUAUAAAGGACCACGUCCAAAUUAAAAAGGAUUUAAACAAUUUGUUGAUAAUGACUUUUAACAAUCCCGAAUGGGGCUUGAGCGUAGCCCAAACCGAGGACAAUAACGGAGCCGUAACCGAAAAAGAUCUACCCAAAAAUAUGGAGCAAGUUAUAUUUAAUUUGGAAACCAAAUUGACCAGCCUGGUGAUUUUAAAUCCGUCGUUGCCUUGGAAGUGCACUUUCUUCAAAAGCUUCUAUUUAGUAACGAAUAGCCUAAUAUUUAUCGUAAUAGUUUUCGGCUGCCUCUAUCUAAUCAACUUGGGCUACAAAUACUACAAGCAUCACGCGCAGAAGGAGAAAGACGAAGUCAGCUUUAUGGUGGAAAAAAUCGUCGAUAUAUUGCAGAUGCACGCCAACGAUGAACAGAACGAUAAUUACCUAGUAAUCAACCACAUUAGAGAUAUGAUUCUACCGGUUGGAGAUAGACAAAAAAAGGCCGUUACUUGGGCAAAAGCUGUGAAAUUCAUCAACGAGAAUGAAUCUAGAAUCAGGACGGAGGUGCAGGAAGUGAAAGGGGAGCCAUUCGAAGUGUGGAGAUGGAUAGGGCACACGAGCGUGAGCUUGAGCGGGGACAUCUCUGAAUUCAAAUAUCGACCGGGAAGGAGAAUCGUCGAUCCGCAAUAUCUGAUAGAGGAGACGCUAAAGUUUCCGCAUAGAUUUUUAAGGCUCUGCAAAAACACCGACGUUGCAAUUAAGAACGAAAUCAAAGAGGGUUUCGUGUCGAUAUUCAUUUUGGAAUGCAAGAAAUGCAAAGUUAAACAAUCGAUCUGCAGCGAAGAGCUCGAAUCGGACUAUUUAAGCGUGAAUUUAGCAUUCGUGGCAGGGAUUUUAAGCUUGGGGUUGAGUUUGUACACUUUGAACGAAUUGUGCAGUUCUUUGCGGAUUCCCGGCGUUACUGCGGAGGAUUUUAGCCGCUACGUCGACGAAAUAUACCAAAUUUACAACGAUCCUGUGUCGGACAGCGAGAAAUCGAGUUCGUUUCAAACGCCUGCUAAAACCUCCACUCCCAUUCGUCGCACCGAAGAUGUAUACGGAUUGAAAAAAAACGCGUUCUUAAAGCAAUUGGAACGCCUUCCCGGCGAUGUCGAAAAGAUGACUAGAAAUCAAGUUAACAACCCGGUGUGGUUCGAAGAACGAAGAAAACGCCUCACCGCUUCCAAUUUCGGGCGCAUCUGCAAAUUACUGGAUACCACCAACAGAAAGAAAGUCGUUGAAAGUCUGCUUCACGAUACGUUUAAAGGGAACAUUUACACUAAAUGGGGCACCGACAACGAACCGUGUGCUCGGAGCAACUUCGAAAAAUUACUCAAUGUAGUCGUGAAAGAUUGCGGAUUGUUCGUGCAUCCGGAUUAUCCGUUUCUAGCCGCCUCACCGGACGGUUUAAUAGAACCCGAUGGGUUGGUGGAAAUUAAAUGCCCCUACAAGGCCAAAGAGGUGGCGCCCGACGAGGGCAUCGAGAGCGGUCUCAUAAAAUACGCGAAACUGGAAAAGGGCGCUCUCAAAUUGAACAAAGAAGACAAAUAUUAUUACCAAGUACAAGGGCAGCUGUUCGUAACGGGCAGGACGUAUUGUUAUUUCGUAAUUUGGACCCCGAAGGGUUUAUUGUACGAGAAAAUACUCAGGGACGAACAACUUUGGAACAAAAUGUUGCCCAAGUUGGAGGAGUUUUAUUUCGAUCAUUUGCUCCCCGCUCUUUUGAAGGAGUAGAAAUCAACGUGUUUGACACAUUUUAUAUACCUAAGUUGACUAUAGAUCUGUAUAAGGCUUUGUGAUGUAUAAGAAUUUUUUUAAUAUUUAAUCUCUAAGCACACUCUUUAUUAACGACGAAUAAGGCAUAAUUAGAGUUUUAUUGUUGUGUUAAGUAUUAUUUGCAUUUUUCUAUAGGCAGUACUUUUAUGUGAUACAUAAUGUAGGUUUGUUUUCAUUGUAAUAACAAUGGUUUUUUUUAUAAAGUUUAUACACCACUAUGUUACGAUAAUAAACACUUAUAUUCUCUUA